GGUUGCUUCCGUUGACUCGGCGUGCGCGGAAGAUUACGGGAAACACGUUCCCGCUGUGGGCGUGAGAGUAAAAGAUGGCGAAGAGACCGUUCGGAGGGGGGGAAGGCUCGGUGCCUCCUGCUGCCAAGCGUACGUCUUUAGCUGCCAUGUCUCCUAUUGAUAUUGGACCAGCGUGCGGCGAGGAAGACUUGAAUGUCAAGGUUUUGCAAGUGCAGAACAAAAAGCUAAGUGAGCGGCUCAGAGAAAGGAACUUUGCUCGAGAGCAGCUGGAGGCUCGUGUUGAGGAGGCAGAGAACAGAGUAGAGGAGCAGCGUCUGGCGCUGGCGUCUCUGCCUCGCCACCUGCAGGCCGUGAGAGACCACCUGACUCCACUCCUCCCACCCCAGCUCUCUCUGGACGGUCUGGCUCGGGUCUGGGAAGAGGCCAGACCAGAGAUGUGUCUGGAGGAAGGAUUUCGCUGUAUGUUGACUGCUCUGAAGACCCUGGAGCCCAGGCAGGGAGGGGAGGAGAAGGAGGUGGAGAUCCCGCCUCCCUCACAGCUGCAAGAGGAGAGUGACAGACUCCAGGACGAGGCCAAAGCUCUGCAGAGUCGCUGUGACGAGCUGGAGAGUGCUUUAGCUGAUGCCAGGUUUGACUUGGAACGCAGCAUGUCUCGUGUCCAGAGACUAGAGAGACAGUUGGCCGAUGCUGUUGAGUCUCCUCCGGUGACAUCACAGACCGGGAGCUUUGUCCUGCCAGCCAGCUCUUCUCCUGCCGCAAACCCUCCUCCCAAUGCAGAGAAGACCUCCACUGAAGACGUCGGGAAUCUGUCAGCUGAACUUGAGGAGGCGAAAGAACUAGCUGAUAGCAGACUGAAAGAAAGUGAACAACUGAGUCAGCAGAUUGUGGAGCUGCGGGCAGACUUGGAGCUAGCAACAGAGGCAAAGGCAGUUCUGGAUGUGGAAAACAGCACUCCUUACCUCACUCUUCAGUCACAGUUCUCCAUCAUACAGCUAGAAAACAGCCAGCUGCGGUCGUCGUUGGAGGAGCUGAAGAGCCUACUUUAUGAGGCCAGAGCUCAUCAUUUCUCUCAACUGGAUGAGCUGAGAACUGAAGAGGUGAAGUAUGAGAAUGAGGUGAGGGAAGAAAUGGCGCAGCUAGAGACACUCCUGGCUACCUCCAAGAGAGACUACGAACUGCUGCGAAUAGAGUUUGAGAAGAGAAUGGCCGCCAAUGAGCAGGCAGCUCCUCUGGCCAAAGAACUGCAGGUGACUGUUGGGAGUUUGAGGAAGACAAUCUCUCAAUUGAAGAGUGAGGUUGAAAGGUACAAGACAAGGGCCCACAAGGCAGAGGGCAGGCUUGCAGAAGAGGCCAGCAAACAGAAGACUACCAACCAGCCAAGUGUCGAGGUACUUGCAGAAACUGCCUCCAGCCAUUCUACUGCUGAAGACCACCAGCAGCUGGUGAACAAGGUGAAGACUUUGCAGGAGGAGAAGAGGGUGUUGGAGGAGAAGCUCAAGGUGUUUACCCACAGCAGUGAGGACGAGAGAGAGAAAGCACUCAUCAUCACUAGUGAGAAGAAAGCUAGGGGACAGGUGGAGGAGCUGCGGAGAAAGUGUGAGGAAUUGAGGAGAGACUACGAGAAGAGGAAGGAACACCUGAAAGAGGAGAGUACUCGGAGGUGUAAGGCUCUGGCAGAAGACAACAAGCAGCUUCAGAGGGAGCUGGUUGCCAAGCGACAGGAGGCGCAUGCUCUGGUACAGGAGAUGGAGUGCACGGCGGAGGCAUUUGAAGAGGUCCAGGAACAGAAUGUGCGACUGCUGGACCAGAUCAGAGAGAAGGAUGAUGCCAACUUCAAGGUCAGCCAGGAUUGUAAUUGUGUUUGUGAACCUCUUCAAACUUCAUGAAGUUGUCAUGAAGUUGUCAUGAAGUUGUCAGUGCACACAAACCUGGCAGUGUGAAAAGAACCUCUUUGUCGACAGGUCAUCAGUGAGAGGAUCAAGGCCAGCAGCAUGCAGAAGCUACUAAUGGAAGAGAAAGACCUGUUGCAUUCACAGAUCUCUAACCUCACUCAGGAGAAGAAUAGAAUGUCAGAGGUAAUGGUAAGACUUGAGGAAAGAGACAAACACCAGGAAGCCUCAUUGGUUGCCAUGGAGAAGGACUUGGCACUCAAACAACAGGCAAUGGAAACAAUUAAAAAGAAGGCCCAAGAGAGUGUUCUGACAGCCCAGAGUCUGCAGCUGGCAGUGGCUGGGGAAGAGAGGGAAAAGGAGAGUCACCGGGAGAAGCUACGGGAAAGGCAGGAGGAGAGAGAGAGAGCGGCACAGCAGUUGCGGAGGUCUCAGGAAGAAGUGGCCAGCUUGAAGAGGAAACUGGAGAAGUACAAGUCACGUGAUUGGGCAUCUUCCUCAGACGAGGUUCUGCUUGAAGAAAUAAGAACAUACAAGGUGAAACUGAACUGCCCGUGUUGCAGUACUAGAAAAAAGGACACUGUGCUAACCAAGUGUUUCCAUGUCUUCUGCUCUGAGUGCAUCCGCAGCCGCUACGACUCCCGUCUGCGCAAGUGCCCAAAAUGUGGUGCUGCAUUUGGAGCCAAUGACUUCCACAAACUCUACCUUUCUUAAAAACUUUAAUUACAACAAUGUGUACAUGUAAUCUAUUGACAUCAGUUUGUAUGAAUGCCAGCAGAAUGGAGUGUGACCAGUUCGUAAGGUCUGAGGUGGGGUCUGAUGGACGAAGAGAAAGACGGCAGCUGACAAAUAUCCCCCAAAUACUUCACCAGAUGUACCUGCAGGUCCAUUUGGAGAAGUGGGUCGCCAUGGAGUUCAGGGUCCUUGUCAAACUCCUCCGACUCCCCGUCUUCUGACGUCAGCAGAGACUCCAUCUCUCUCACUUCCUCAUUUCCCUCCUCUUCUGCACUGCACUCUGACCCCUCGCUCUCAGCAGAGGCCUCCAGAUGUGACUGUAGAUCACUCACCAGCAGACGCACAAUCUUCACUGGCAGUGGAAUUGCUGUCUUCCUUGUGACCCCUGCUGCAGUCUUCUGUGCUCUGGUCUGGACACCAAGGCCACACCCAUUGUCUUCCUCUUCCUCCACCACCACACUGCACAGUAGGUUGUUUCCCGUGGUAACACAGUGAGAGAGCAGCUGGCAGAGGGCUACAGUGCUGAGUCGAGUUUCAAAUGAGCCAAAGAAGAAAGGAUGUUGCGAGGUCCACUCUUUUAGUACAUAGUUGAGAGCUGGCUGGCCACGAGGGUCUGGAACCUGACACAGGAAUG